GGAUGGAUUGGGCCAAUGGCGUAGCUCAGAUUGGUGUUUAGUUGGUGUAAAAAAAAGGGUGCGCUUUCCCUAUUUAACCGUUUGUCCAACACAUAUGCAGACUACACCCUGACGUAGUACCUGUAACGGACAUUCUCACCGCACAUCCUCGGACCAGACAUCAUCUAAGAUGGGCGACAACAACCCAGUGAAGCAGGGAGUGGAGACCUUUGACAAGAAGUGUCUAAAGAAGACCAGUACUGCUGAGAAGAACACUCUGCCAACCAAGGAGGAUAUCGAGCAGGAGAAGAAAGCUGAAGAGGGCUCCAAAUGAAACGCCAUGGUUCCUCUCCUCCAGUCAUCCCUCUCUCUUCUCCUCCACCUAAUAAAUAUGUCUAUCGCGUCUGCUUCUUUCCAUAUUCCCAUGUUAGUUCAUCACCAUGUUAGUUCAUCACCGUGUUAGUUCAUCACAAUGGCGUUGACUCUGAUGCUGUGGGGUUAGGGGUGGAUGAUUAGUAAAGGGAAGGCCCAUACGAUUUGAACUGUCAAAUGUUUUGAAUUGUGCUUUUUUUAUGCAGUCUUGGUUGGAAAGGGGUGAACUAAGAUAAAGAUGGAUGAGCCAGGGUUGAACAGAAGGAAGAAAUGAACAUGUUGUGUUUGUGUCUAUGAGCGAUAAUACUGUCACCGUCUGUUCCACUGUCAACUCUGCCCAGUGUUCUGCCUGUACACAGUGCCAUUCUGGAUCAGUUCCGUACCAAUAACAUGAGAGAAGAUAUUUUUGUUUUAAUAAAAUGAGUGUCGUAAAACUGAA